GAGGAGCGCAGCCCGCCGCCGGCAGGCUGCAGGAAGCUGGGCCCCGCGGCCGUGAUCCUCACAACAUCCGGGCCCCGGCACUGCAGAGGCGCCGCUGCCGGUUACUGUGGAGACGGCCUGCUACAGCCUCUCCGAAGGAUUCCACCCUGGAGGACGGCUCCCCGGAUUAGGCCGAUUAGUUUACACGUAUCCAUCCAGCCGACGGUUCGCCUUCUCUUUGCUGCUUUAAUUGGGUGUAGUAAAAGUCGGCGCUCGCUGGCCUUGCCAUCCGCUGCAGGAAAAGACUGCGUUUGCCGAAAAAAAUAAAGAAGAUAUCGAGAAUGACCGAGUACGACUGGGAUAAGAAAAGUACUUCAGCUUCAAAUUCAGAAACAGAAAUGAAACCUGAACAACUGCCUCCUUGUGUGAACCCUGGCAAUCCUGUGUUUUCAUGUAUGUUGGACCCAAAGACACUCCAUACAGCUACCUCACUAUCAAAACCUAAGAUGAUUAUGUAUAAAACCAAUUCAAGUAAUUAUGGUGAAUUUUUACCCAUGCCACAGUUUUUCCCCUGCUAUUAUACUCCAAAGGACCAAGUAUUUUCAAGCAAUAUCAGAGCUACUGGAUUUUAUCAAAAUAACACUCUAAACACUGCACCUGACAGAACAAGAAUGCUUGAUUUUCCUAAUUUUCAACACACUCUAUGAAAAUAUAUUACUCUUAAAUAAAGAGAAAAUAUACUUGGGAAAAAUGAGUUUUAAAUCUAAGGCAAGGAUACCUAAUUUGAAAUAUAAAAAGAUUUGAAUUAAUUUUUUAAAAAUACCUUUAAGAAAUAAAGCAUUUCAACCGAUAACUGAAUGACAGUGACUUCUUAAAUAAAAAUGUGUUCAAAAUAGAACAAAAGGUAGAAAGCAUUUUAUUAUACCUAGCUUUAUUUAGUUCAUGUAGUCCAAAAGCUUCAAAAGGCUUUCAGGAUCUCAACUGUCUACUGAGUAUAUUUAUCAAGACAAAGGAACACAGGAACUCUAAUUUUGAAAACUGAAUUAAGGAAGAUUCUGAUGAGUAAUUUCCUGCUUUUCUGUUAUUUCAACUAAUAGCUCAGAACCUGGGGAAUGUUAGUUCACACUGCUAAACUGGUGGAAGAGAGGACUUGUUAUUCAUUCAUUCAUUUAGCAAAUAUUUAUUGAACACCUACUUAUGGCAGGUGCUAUAGGAUGCAAAUGGAACACAGAAAUAGAAAACAGUGUCUUUUAUUGUUUCAAUGAACAAUAUUUGGGGGAAAUGAGAGUAGCAAAUUAAUAAUACAUGAUAAUUUAUGUAAUGUAAACUAUGUAAAAGGUCUUUCAGACACAGAGACAGAAUUGCUUAAAUUGAGACCAAGGAGAUCAAGAGAAACAUUCUGGAGAAGGUAAAGCCAAAUCAAAGGAAAGGUCCAUCCAGGCAGAAGAAACGUUACGUAUACAAGAAUGAAAAUGUGAGAGAAUGCUGCACGUUUUUAAAAGUGCGAUUACUUUUUUUUUUUUUUGGCCUCAUCACGCAGCUUGUGGGAUCUUAGUUCCCCGGCCAGGGAUUGAACCCAGGCCGUGAAAGCGAGGAGUCCUAACCACCGGACCACCAGGGAAUUCCCCAAAUUAAUUACUUUGGUACAUCUUUAACACAGAGCAUGAGCAGUGGUAGAUGAUGGGCUAUACAAUUCUUUAACCUCUGUAAUUCCACUAUAUAGAGAGAUUUAUUUCAGCUGCCAUCUGCUGAAACCUCCUGUUCAGUUGGAUCUGAGUACCUUUACUGGAAAAAAAAAAAAUCACUGUUCUUAUUUUUCCCUGUUGGUUUCAGGUUCAGGAUAUUAACAUCAAUUAGAAAAAAUAAUCUUGUGAGUCACUAGGGGACCAGAAAAGUUGGAUACAGAAAAGUUGAAUCUUCUAUUUACAAAAAUGGCUUGAUGUGAGGAAACAGCUCAAACUCUGCAGCCUCAUGAAAUUCUUUCAAAUAUCCCAAAAUAUGAUAUUUGGCACAAGAAAGAAAAAAAAAUUAGUUUUGUUCACUUCCUCUGAAACAUCAAAAAUCAAGGCACUGCACAAGAUUUCCAGGCGAAUGAUGCAAGAGAAUUUGAGUUUACCAGAUUUUUCUCUGCAUAAACUAUACAAACCCUUUUCCCCCUUCACUGUAGGUGCUUGAUUUGUAGAAAGUGAAGUCAACUUUUUAAUAUGUAGAAUCUAGAGGUUAACCUAAAGUUCCUUACUAUGACAGGUGGUUAGGCCUUUUGUUUUGUUGUUGUUGCUAAAAUUCUUAGGAAGGAUGAGUAUCUUGGAAUCAAGCAUAUUGUCUGGAAUGCAGUUAUGUAGUCAUUCAGUGCCUAUCAAAGUCCAGGGACUAUUCUAGGCUCUAAGAGCUUGCCUUCAUGGAGGUUCGAUUCUAAUAAAUUCUAGUAGGGGAAAACAGACCAAAAGACAUAUGUAUAAAUAUGUAUACAUAUUUAUAUAUAAAUGUUAUGGAACAUAAAUGUUUAUAUGUUUGUUAUAUAUAUAUGUAUAACAUAGACAUAUAAAUAUUUA